UUUGAUUGGGCAGAUUCUAAACUUGAAGGAAGUGAGAGCAUAAGUUUCGACAGAAAAAUUACUUUCUACAAACUGGUGAAUAAACUUGUAGAGAAACACCGAUCUUUGUUUGUACCUUAUUUCAAGUACUUGCUUGAGGAUUGCACGCGACAUCUUACUGAAGAUCAAGACAUAGGUUUGAUACCUUUGACCCAAAAGAAAAAGAAGGCCAAACAUGGGAAUGCAUCUGCUGUUGCAAAGCCCAAAGAUGUUUUAUCCCAUAAGCAGUGGCAUUUGCGGGCUCUUGUUUUGAAGUCUUUAUAUCAGUGCUUCCUCUAUGACACGACAGAUCUGAAGUUUCUUGAUGCCUCAAAUUUUGAGGUCCUCCUGAAGCCUAUUGUUUCUCAGAUUGUGGUAGAUCCUCCAUCCUCUGCUGAUGUUUUAUUGGAUAUGCCUACUGUAGAUGAAGUUGAUGAAACACUGGUUUUGUGCCUUGGUCAAAUGGCUGUUACAGCACAUUCUGAUGUCUUAUGGAAGCCUUUGAACCAUGAGGUCAGUAUAGCACCUCGUUCACAUAAAUUUGUCAUUGGAGUUAUUGGUUAGCCACUGCAUGACUGC